AUGCUCGACUUGUUUGCAUAUCGGAGUCUGCAGCGACAUUGUCUUUGGCCAGCGACCACUAUAAAUAGUCAAUCCGGGGGCCAGAGUGACAGCAUUAACCUCAGAGUCAACAGCCCGACAACAGCAGCCAACAUGUACAAGCUCCUCCUCGUUGCCGCCGUUUUGGGAUGUGCCCGCGCCCCCUUGAACGAUGAUACCAUCACCAAGUUCCUGACCAAUCAGGACACCGAUGGCACCUAUGCCUACGAUGUGCAGCAGUCCAGUGGCAUUCAGUUCCAGGAGGAGGGUCAGUCUGGUCACUAUGCCCGCGGCUCCUACUCCUACAUUUCCCCCGAGGGAGUUCCCGUCCAGGUGGUCUACACCGCCGACGAGACUGGCUUCCACCCUCAGUCCGACCUCCUGCCCACUCCUCCCCCAAUCCCAGAGGCCACUCGCUCCAUCCAGUUUAUCCAGGAGCACCCCACGCCCGAGGAGCUCGCCGACCGUGCCGUGCGCGCCAGCAGAUCUAAGAUUCCGCAGAGCAGGAGCUCCGAUCUAGUCCUAAGUAACAUAGCUCAUAUUGUACAUGAUGUGCUCAUCCAUUCUUCCAUUCGAGUAAAGCAUCCAGUCAGUCGGCUGGUGUUAAUUGAACCGAUUUGCGGCCUAUCCAUUUGUGGGGCAUUUAAUUAGUGGGUCUAUAUAUUGGCCCAGUCAGUUGGAUUUAAGCCUGGUUGGAGCGGAGACAAUGCCGCGCAUUUGAUAUUGAAUAUUUAAUGGGAACAAUGAGACCACUUUCAUGACGUCUUGCCGGUAAACAGUGGUGCGAAGUUGGGCAAACUUGUAGUUUU